AUGCCCCCUUGUUGUGCAAGAGGAAUGGCUGAUCAUAUGUUCAGGAACUCACAGAGACCCUCAUUCAGCCAAGCACAGCGGCAGCCGCCACCUGCAGAUUCGGCUGGUGGCACACAAGAGGACGGGUAUGUCUCUUACAUAGCAGCUGUCCUCAGCCAAAGCAAAUUACAGCGUCUUCCUCUUCGGAAGGCAACCCAGCAGUCGGCUUUCUUACACCCUGAUCCUGGGCGUAAUUACUUGGAAGGAAAUCUCAUUCAUUUCAAUGUAACUUAG